AUGCCGUACAACGACCAAUGGCGAACCCUCAGGAAGAUCAUGCACAAUGUCCUGAUGGCACGUCAGGAAGACGUCUUUAAGCCUUUUCAAGACUUAGAAUCGAAGCAUCUCUUGUGGGACUACCUCGAGAAACCGGAUAGGUGGUGGUCGGCUAAUGGUCGAUACGCAAACUCCGUUAUCAUGAGUGUCGUGUUUGGCCGGCGAACUGUGCUGGAUGAUCCCGAGGUCGAGGAGCUCUUUGAGACGAUUGAUCUUUUCCUGGAGAACCAGCAGCCUGGCGUAAAUCUCGUCGACGGUUUCCCCGUUUUCAAGAAGCUCCCCCAAUUCUUGCAGUGGUGGCGUCCGCGUGGUGAUGCAAUCUUUCGCAAGACGUACAAGGUUUAUGAGAGGGAACUUGCAAAGACCGAAGCGAAACUCAAGGAUGGCACGCAACGCCAGUGCUUCGCGACCGAUUUUAUCAAGAGCGAAGAAUACAAGAACAUGUCACAGACACAACGGCUCUUUACCUUUGGGUCUCUCAUGGAAGCUGGCAGUGAUACUUCACGUGUUAGCAUCGGCCAAAUCAUUGCUGCGGCGGCCACAUAUCCCGACUGGGUCGUUCAAGCGCGCGAACACCUCGACAAAGUUUGUGGGGCCAACGCAGAGCGUCUUCCAGAGUGGAACGAUAAGCCAGAUCUGAAGUACCUAUCUGCUGUGGUCAAGGAAGGAUUCCGAUGGAGGCCUAACCUCGCAGAAAUAGGCGCCCCUCACAUGCUGACCAGAGAUGAUGAAUACGAAGGCUACAAAUUCCCAGCUGGGACGGUCUUCACGUGGAAUGCAUGGGCGAUUGCACUGGACGCGAAAGAAUACAAGGAUCCGGAGCGCUUUUACCCCAAAAGAUUCUUGGACAAUGAUGUCGAGAAUGUCCUAAAGGGACAUUGGAGCUUCGGGCCAGGUCGCAGAGUAUGUGCUGGUUGGAAGGUUGGCGAGAUGAACGUGUGGAUUGCGGUUGCGCGGUUACUGUACUGCUUCAACUUUGAGCAGAUUCCAGGGCAGAGUAUCAACACCAUGACCAUUCCACAAAUCACGAAGAAUAAGGCACCAUUCAGUGUCAAAGUCAGUGCAAGAAGUCAGGCGCACGCCGAUCUCAUCAGGAUGGAGUGCUCGGAAUCGGUGAAUGUAGUCUAUUGA